CAGGCUACCUGUGGGUCUCGGCGAGCUAGAAGGGUUAGGGCUAAUGGAGGGAUGUUCAGGACAGUCCUGAAGGAGCCCUGGAGGCCGGUUUCUGUGCUGGAGGGGGUUUACUUGGAGCUUAGGGUUAAAGUUCCCUUCCAACCCAACCAACUCUAUGUGCUGAUGAAGCUCAGCAACUGACAGGCAGAUUGGCAGCAGUGAGACAGGUGUGUGUGCCAGCAGGUGCCUGGUGGGUCGUGGGCUCAUCUCAUUGUGGCCGAGAGGAGCAUGUGGGAGGGUGGCAGCAGGAGACCUGCUGUGUGACAUACUCUGUAGGAGAUGCAGGAGAGGAGAAAUCACAGUUUGAAGGAGGAGAAGGAGGCAGUAAUCUAGUACAGGAGGCAGCAUCCUUAUUCCCAGGAAGAAAAGACUCCCUCUUUUCCUAGGAGCAUCGUUAGUACGUGCUGGGAGGAGGAGUCCCCAAACAGAGCUCUAGGCUGUUAACAAGCUCCCUGGGACGUGUUCUAAGCACGUGGCUCUCAGGGGACAUCACUUGAGAGUGCUUUAUUUUGGGCAUGUUCUCGGAGGUGAAGUUCCCCGUGCCCUGGGGCCAUGUGGCAGCCAAGGCCUGGGGACCCCCCGAGGGACACCCCGUGCUGUGCUUGCAUGGCUGGCUGGACAACGCCAACACCUUUGACAGGCUUAUUCCACUGCUCCCCACAGAUUGCCGGUACGUGGCAAUGGAUUUUUCUGGCCAUGGCUUGUCAUCUCACCGGCCUGCAGGCUCCCCUUACUAUUUCCUAGAUUAUGUGAGCGAUGUGCGCCGCGUGGCAGCUGCAUUGCGGUGGAGACGGUUCACCCUGAUGGGUCACAGUAUGGGUGGGUCUGUGGCAGGAAUGUUUGCUUUCAUUUAUCCUGAGAUGGUGGACAAGCUGAUCUUGCUGGAAAACCUUGGCUUUCUACUAGCUCCAGAGGACACUGAGGCAUGGCUGAAAUCCAAGCGGCUGGCUAUCGAUAGAUUACUGAGUCUAGAAGCAAAGCAGCAAGCUCCCAGAGCACGUAGCCCCAAAGCAGCACUGCAGAGGCUUUUAGAAGCAAACAGACAUCUGACAGCAGAGGGUGGGGCAAUCCUGCUGCAGCGAGGAGCAACUGAGACACCCACUGGGCUGGUGUAUAACAGAGACAUGAGAGUCCGUACGAGUCGAGAGUACCUCACUGUGGAACAGUGUGUGAAGCUCCUGCAGAAGAUCAAGGACCGUGUUCUCAUCAUAGUAGCACAAGAUGGACUCUUAGUACCACAUAAGCUAGAGAGCAGAAAUCAGUUUGUGAAAUCCUUACGGGAGGCAUUUGAGCAUACCCUCAAAGAGGACAUCCAGCUAGUAGAGGUGCCUGGGAGUCAUUUUGUGCACCUGAAUGAACCCGAGGUGGUGUCUGGGAUCAUCAGCAACUUCCUGACAGCGCAGAACACCAGAGCAAGGCUCUAAGCAGUCACUGCAACAGCAGUCCAGGACAAGAAGUAGCUCAAAAUCUGACUCUGGAGAAACUGUCACCAUUCCUACCUCACAUCCAAUGUCGGUUUCAUGCUACUUCUUCCUAAGCUGAGCUCUCUGAAGGGGUGAAUGCAGAUCUGCAAAGUUAGAUACACAGUAGCUUUCCCCUUUCUUCUUCCUAACUUCUGUAUCCUAAAAUGGAUCAGGAAUACAGGCAGAAGCUCCUCAGGGAGCAGCAGCACUAGCAGCUGUAGCAGUGCAAGAGAGAGGUAGCUCAUUCUUUCCUCCUCUCUCAGCAUGAAGUGACAAGUCUCCUCCCAGGGCUAAGCCAGUUGAAAAAAAACAGGAAAGAGUUCUGCUUCUCUGCUUAUUUCCACGAUUGCCUGAGCUCAGGCAGCCUCAACCUCUCUUCUACUGUGAGGGCUGCUGCUUUUUUUAAUAAUCAGCUUAAAUGAGAGCUCACCUGGGUACAGAAGGCCAUUUCAAUGAACUGCUGGGAAAUGAGUCAUUAAUCCUCUAGCUGAAGCAGCUGUGAGAACUAUUAGUAAUGGAAAAGUUGGCAGAGGUGAUUUCUGUCCUUCUAAAUAAAGAUUGAUCUUCCACUGUUAA